UCAGAUGAAAAAUAGAUAAAAAAUCAGGUUUAGUAUUCCAGUCUUUGACAAUAUCUCAGAGAACCAUGCUACAGACUUUACAGAAAACAGUGAGCUCGAUUGACAGGAUGGGUUCAAGGUUCCUACCAGUGCUCCGUCAGGUUCGGAGCGCAUCCACAGGAUCAGUUCUGCCUGCCAAAACCUGCCUGUACGAUUUCCAUGUAGAGAACGGAGGAAAGAUGGUUGAGUUUGCAGGAUAUAGUAUGCCAGUGGAGUAUUCAAGUAUGGGAAUAAUACAGUCUCAUUUACAUACAAGGAGGAAUUCAUCAAUAUUCGAUGUGUCUCACAUGCUUCAGACCAUUGUCCACGGCAAGGAUAGAUUUGAUUUCAUGGAGAGCUUAACAGUUGCUGAUGUGAGAGGUUUGAAGCCUAAUACAGGAACUCUGACUGUAUUCACGAAUGAGAGAGGGGGUAUCAAGGAUGAUCUAAUUGUAACCAACUCAGAGGGUUUCCUCUACGUGGUUUCCAACGCUGGGUGUCGGGAGAAGGAUAUGGAGGUGAUGAAGAGAAGGAUUAAGGAGAUGCAGGCGGACGGGAAGGAUGUGAGUCUGGAGUUUAUCGAAGAUAAAGGAUUGGUGGCUCUGCAAGGACCAACUAUGAAAGAGGUUCUCCAACCCUUGACGAGCAUAGAUUUAUCAAAACUAGGUUUCAUGAGUAGUGGGCUAGGUUCAGUAGCUGGUAUUCCAGACUGCAGGAUAACAAGAUGUGGAUAUACAGGAGAGGACGGAGUAGAAAUAUCAGCUCCAGAUACUAGGACAAGAGAGCUAGUUGAAACCUUACUCCAGUCCUCAGGAAAUCCUGCAUUGGCUGGACUAGGUGCUAGAGACUCAUUAAGGUUAGAGGCAGGACUGUGUUUGUACGGAAAUGAUAUAGAUGAGGAAACUACUCCUGUUGAGGCAACACUAGCCUGGACUAUUCAUAAAGCUAGGAGAGUAACUGGAGGGUUUCCAGGGGACAACAUUAUCCUUCGUCAGCUGAAGGAGGGAGUGGAGAGGAAAAGGGUUGGGUUUCUAUCCUCCGGACCCCCUGUUCGAGGGCAUUGUAAUAUCACAGAUGAUCAAGGAAAUGUAGUUGGGGUAACUACUUCGGGAUGUCCUUCUCCAUCUAUGGGAAAGGGAUGUAAUAUAUCCAUGGGCUAUGUUGAAAAAAAGUUGAGCAAGAUUGGAACUGAGCUCAAGAUCAUCGUGAGAAAUAAACUCGUCCCUGCAGUCAUUACCAAGAUGCCAUUCAUCCCAACUAAAUACUAUACUGCACAGUAAACUUAGCUUAGACAACAACUAAACCCGGAGUAAAGUUUGUCUCUACUAAACUCUUCCUGGAGUAAACGUCGUUCCUACUCUCUUAUAACUCUAACGUAACAACCUAACAAUCUGAAUGGAUAAGUUAGAUUGAACAUUAAAAACCUAGCCCCUACAACCUUGAAACUAAACAGAACCCUCAAUCCUCGAAGAAAAAGACGAUCCACGGAUCAGAGUUCGUCCCCACACCAGGGAAUAAACCUGAUCAAAUGUUAAUAAUAAGUCCUUGUCAUGGAACAUAAUAACUUAAUGCUAUGUAUGAGAAUUAUCAAAUAUUAGGAAUAAAGGUUAAGAAAAAAA